AGCACUUCUCCACAGGCCCACAGCGGAGAUGGCGGCGGUUGCCUCCGCAGCGGUACUGUGGCCCGUUGCCCGACGGCGGCUGUGGGGUUUCACCCGGAGGCUCCCGCUUCGCAACGCUGCUGGGCAGCUAUUGUAUCUUCGAGGGAACAGACUAAGAAGUACUCAGGCUGCUCCACAAGUUGUUCUGAAUGUUCCUGAAACACGUGUCACAUGUUUGGAAAAUGGACUCCGAGUAGCCUCUGAAAACUCCGGGCUCUCCACGUGCACAGUUGGACUGUGGAUUGAUGCUGGGAGUCGAUAUGAAAAUGAGAGGAAUAAUGGAACGGCGCACUUUCUGGAGCAUAUGGCUUUCAAGGGCACCAAAAAGAGAUCCCAGUUAGACCUGGAACUUGAGAUUGAAAACAUGGGUGCUCAUCUUAACGCCUAUACCUCCAGAGAGCAGACUGUGUACUACGCCAAAGCAUUCUCUAAAGAUUUGCCAAGAGCUGUAGAAAUUCUUGCUGACAUAAUACAAAACAGCACAUUGGGAGAAGCAGAGAUUGAACGCGAGCGAGGAGUAAUCCUUAGAGAAAUGCAGGAAGUUGAAACCAAUUUACAAGAAGUUGUUUUUGAUUAUCUUCAUGCCACAGCUUAUCAAAACACUGCACUUGGACGGACAAUUCUGGGACCAACUGAAAAUAUCAAAUCUAUAAAUCGUAAGGACUUAGUGGAUUAUAUAACCACACAUUACAAGGGGCCAAGAAUCGUGCUUGCUGCUGCUGGAGGUGUUUCCCAUGAUGAACUGCUUGAUUUAGCAAAGUUUCAUUUUGGUGACUCUUUGUGCUCACACAAAGGAGAAAUACCAGCUCUGCCUCCCUGCAAAUUCACUGGAAGUGAGAUUCGUGUGAGGGAUGACAAGAUGCCAUUGGCACACCUUGCGAUAGCUGUUGAAGCUGUUGGCUGGGCACAUCCAGACACAAUCUGUCUCAUGGUUGCAAACACACUGAUUGGCAACUGGGAUCGCUCUUUCGGAGGAGGAAUGAAUUUAUCUAGCAGGCUGGCCCAGCUCACUUGCCAUGGUAAUCUCUGCCACAGCUUCCAGUCUUUCAACACUUCCUACACAGAUACAGGAUUAUGGGGACUCUAUAUGGUUUGCGAACCAGCCACAGUUGCCGACAUGUUAUAUGCAGUUCAAAAAGAAUGGAUGCGACUAUGUACAAAUGUCACUGAAAGUGAAGUUGCACGAGCGAAAAAUCUUCUGAAAACGAACAUGUUGUUGCAGCUUGAUGGUUCAACUCCAAUUUGUGAAGAUAUUGGUAGGCAGAUGCUGUGCUAUAAUAGAAGAAUUCCCAUCCCUGAGCUUGAAGCAAGAAUUGAUUUUUGAGUUAAAUAGUCUACUUUUCAAGGACAAGACAAACAUUCUGAUUGAUUCUUUUGUAUAAUGGGUAGAGUUCCAGGUGAGCCAGGGCUGCAUGGUGAAACCCUGUCUCAAAAUAAACACAACAAAAACAGA